AAAAACUGAGUAGUUUAGUUAGUAGAUUUGUGUGUAUUUUGAAGAGUUUUAAUCAUUUGUUUGUAAGUUAGUUCAGCAGCAGGAAACACCUUUAAACAACUUCCUGCUUCAGAAGAGGAGGAUGUGGUUUGGAAUUGUACAAAUGAGUGAUGAGAAUUUUCUCUCAGUAAAGUAGGUACAAGCAAUAAAAUAUUAAUAGGAUAGUGGAGAAAGGAAUCAAACUAGUCUACGGAAAAGUAACUCUUUGAGACAUUAUUGUUGAGGGAUAAUGGACAUGAAAUCUACUCAAAAACCACUUAAAAUAUAACUGUGGCGAACAAUGAAAAGUCUUGUAGAAAAUAUGGGAGAAACAUGAAGAAAAUGUAAAAGAAACUAAAUUACCUCUUAAAGUACGUUCAACAUGGGCAUCGGAACUCAAUGAAACUUGUAAGCUUUCAUUACUCUCAUUCUCUGCUGUUUCAGUACACCUUAAAUCAUGGGAGACCUGAUUUACCAGAGUAUAGUGUCCUGGGGAUUUUGGAUGGCUGCGAGAUAUACUAUUUUGACAGCAAUAUGAAAAUAACCGUUCCAAGGCAAAAAUGGAUGGCGGAAGCAUUUGACAAGACUUACUGGGAACAGUGCACUAUCACUAAUGCUGGCUUCCAUGGCAUCAUUAAGGGACAGGCUGAUGAAUGGCUCCAGAAAGAAAACCAAACAUCAAGUACCCAUUACCUGCAAGGACUGUUUGGCUGUGAGCUGCAUGAUGCCAAUCCGAAUGAAGGGAUUUUGAAGUUUGCGUUUGAUGGCAGAUACAUCCUCAGUUUUGAUAAAGAUACAUUGGUGUGGAUUAUACAUGAUAAGUUUGCAAAAGAAUUCAAAGAGAAAUGGGAUAAGGAAACAAAGAUGAACCAUUAUUUCAAGAGCCUGUUAGAAAAUGACUGUCCAGAUCUAUGGAAGACGUACUAUUCAAUUGGAAAUGCCUCUUUAAGCAGAAAAACUCCCCCUGAGGUCUCCAUUAUUGCCAAGAGUGGCAGCUACUCUUUUCUACAAUGCAUUGUGAUUGGAUUUUACCCACAGCCCAUCAACGUGACCUGGUUGAAGAAUGGAAAACCUGCUCAUGAGACAAACUCUACUGGGUUAUUGCCCAAUGAAGAUGGGACGUUCCAACUAAAGACAACCCUCCAAUUCGACCCAUAUGAUGGCAGCCAAUAUGCCUGUCAUAUUGAGCACAUCAGCUUCCCAGGCGGAAAGACUGUCCUUUGGGAAGGAAAAGUGAAGAACAGCAAAAAUGUGGGGCUGAUUGUCUUGGGUGUACUGGUGUCACUGGCAAUUAUUCUUAUCAUAUUUAUAUGGUGGAGGAGACAAAGAGGUUACAAUGUUAUUUAACCAGGGCCUGAGAUGGUGAAAUGCUUGAGUGGAAUUGGCAGCAAGACAGACUGAAAUUAAUAAUUUCUUUGUAACUACAGCUGUUUUAAUUGCAUAAUCAUUUUAAAUGCAUUUUAUAUUUCUAAUAAUUUUACUAAAAUAUUAAUUAUUUGCUCAAAAACAAAAAAGUAGUUGCUGGAAAAGCUCAGCAGGUCUGGAAGCAUCUGUGGAGGAGAAAACAGAGUGAACUCAGAGUUCUGAGGAAGAGUCACUGGACCCUAAAAGUUAACUCUGUUUUCUUCUCCACAGAUGCUGCCAGACCUGCUGAGCUUUUGCAGCAACUUUGUUUUUGUUCCUGAUUUACAGCAUCCACAGUUCUUUUGCUUUUAAUUAUUUGCUCAACUUUGGAAUGAGUAAUGCCAUGUUUGAUCUAUAAUUGCAUAAACUGAUUCUAUAUAUUACAUAAUGGCAGCAAUGAAUUCAAAAGCAUGUGCGGUCAAUAUUAUUCCUACAUCCCAGAGAUGUACUGGAUGUUGGCCUCAGGUUGAGGACCUGCACUUGUCGGAUUAGGUAAUGGGUAUAGAAGUUCUGUUCAACCAGUGGGUGCACAACUGAGCAUCACAAACUUUAUCAAAAGUUACUACUCACCUAUUGUAUCCAUGCAACAUUGGCGAGGAAAACCCAACGAUGAUACUUCCCUCUAUAAGUGAAGAGAUUGAUGUUGAUGUAGCAUGUCUGCUGUUAACAGGAUCAUUCUAAAUGGGAAUAAAACUAAAAGACCUUGCCCAACUGGCAUGUAAUCUUUACCUGUCAGCAUUAAGUGAAGCACAUCUCCAUAAAGUUCAUGCAAGGUGUAAAGGUAUUUUCAGAAUAUUUUAGAGGGAAGUUUUAACAGUGGCAAGGGAUGACCGCAAACCUUGGACAUGUGGACUUUGCCUCUGUCAGAGACUUUUGUUCCACCUUAUGAAGGAAACUAUUCUCAACACACGAUUGAAAAAGUACUGUACGACAUUAGUCCUUAUUAACUCCCAUCACGUAUCCCACUCAAUGUUAAAUUUCAUUGAUCUCUGGAAAAAAAACUGCUGUUUGUGGCAUGUAACAGGUUAUAUCUGCUUACUCCUAUUUUGCGCAGCUAUUGUGGGAGCUAUUCAUUUUGAACUCGGGACCCAUUAAAGCCUAACCUAUGUGUUAUUUCCCGAAGAUAGAUAGUGACUAGAUUCAAUGGAUAUUUGAGUAGAUUUUUUAACUGCUCUCUGAAUUUUGUUUGGGAAACUGCAUAAAUAAUGGUGUUUGUGCAGGAACUCAAGUGUUGCAGCAUGUAUCCUGUUUGCUCCAUAAUGGUAAAAGGAUUACUGUAAUCUGUGUGCAAGUAUUCAACAUCCAUAACUUGUACACAUAUAUAAUGAGUAAAUGUGACUAUCCACAGCAGUAUGAAGCUACCAGAUAUGGCCAAUAGUAAAACAAUGGAUUUUCUUCGGUUUUCCAUUUCAGUGUCUUUGUCACUACCCCGGAGACCCUUCCUGAUCCUGCUUGUCAGUAGAAUAUGCCUGAUGGUCAGGCCAUUGAAUAUAAGGAUCAAGAGAAAAGGAAUAAAAGGCAUGAAAGCUAUAUCAAUCCAUAAGAAUGUAACCCACAGAGGAACAGUGUACAAGCUUAAUUUUAUAUUGCAGAACCAUGAUAUAUUAUUAAUUAUUAUGCGUGGUUCAAACGUAAAGUAAAUUGGUAUGUUUUCCAGGAUGCUCAGCACCCAUAUCAUGGUGACAACUAUUGCUGCCGACUUUUCAGUGCAAUAUUGUGUUCUUGCUUUUUGGCAACAAAUAGCAACAAAUCUGUCAAAGGUGAAAGCUACAGUCAACCAGACAGAGCAUUCAAUAAAAGCAAAAAUUAGGAAGAAAUUCAGACUGCAAAUGGGUGUAUAGUCCAAGAAGGAAUCUGGGAAAUAAACUUCAUUCAUCUCGUAGAGAACCACAUCAAAUAGGAGGACCAGUAAAUCUGCUGCUGCCAUGGAUACCAGGUAAAUUGUGAUGCAUUUAGAGAGGCCACAUUUUCCACGGGAGAGAAUCGCAAUUGUUACCAAAUUGGCUGUACAUGGAGAAGAAAUGAAAUAGAUCAGUACAGUAUAUUUCAAAAGAGAGCAAAAUAAAUGACAAUGACCAAGGUUUUUUUCCCAUUAACUCUCAUCCAAAUAAUUUUGAUAAUUCUGAGGAUGCAUAUCAGCAAAAUAUCAUUUAUUGUCAAAGUCAGUCAAGCAACAAAUUAGAGAUUUAAGCACCAAUUUUCAGAACACCUCAUUAAAGUUUCUAAUUUGUUCAUACAAUUUUAGAGGCAAGCAAUGAAGUUAGGGAUUUAUUGCAGCACAUUUACAGAUUUAGUGCAUCACUUACAACUUUCUCAAUGUUACCAUAAACCGCACAAAAUAAAUGUUCCAUUCCUUGUGAAGACUAGCAUUCAUAGAAUCACGGUCACUUCUGGCACAAAUGGAGUUCAUUCAGCUCUUCAUGGAACAAUCUAUUAAUUCCUGUUCUGCUGCUCAGUCUUAGUAUGCCUGUGAGGUUGUUUAAUUCAACUGUCGAUUCAAUCUUCUCUAGAAACCAUUGAUUAUUUCUACCGCCAUCCCAUCAGAGAAUUACAACUCACUAUCUCAGAAAAAAAACACUGUUUCUUGUUGAAGAUACUAAAUCUGUGUCCAUUAGUGCUUCUCAAUUCAUGAGAAGAGUUUUUGUUUGUUGGUCUUUUUCCAAUUAAUCACAGCAGAAUUUUAGAAUCACAGUUACUUUGGCACAGAAGGGCAUCUUUCCACCCAUUUUAUGGGCUGUUGAGUGAAUUUGUGUCUUCUGCUAUUUGUCUUCCCAUCUGCCAGUUCCCUUUGAAUUGUCGUGUCACAUCAAUGUCAUCUCACCUUAUUUCUUUUAGUUCAAAAAUAUAUUGCCAGAAAUUCUUUUACAUUGAAUUCCAUAUACAACUUAUCAACAGAUUCUAUUGCCUUUACCCUUGAGAUGUUAUUGGGAUAACAGCCCAUUGAUUUCUAUACUUCUAUAAAUUAAUGUCCUUUAUCUGCCUACACACAGGUAUGCAGGCACUGCCUUAAAGCUUCCUGCCCAACGAGGAAUUCGGUGUAAGACUUUGUAACUCCUUAUCUUCCUACAUAUCGGUAUGCAGACACUGCCUUAAGCUUCCUGGCUGAAUCGAUUUAGAAUUAAACUGUCUCAAAUAAGGUUAAGUGAGAAACAUUUGUAAAGGUGUGAGGCUUCUGAAGUAUGUAACUUCUGUCUCUAACAAAGAGGCCAGGGCACUGACUUUGUUCCAGACAGACACAUCAGCAACUUGAAAUUACAAUCUGUCUCGUUGACAACUUGAAAUCGCCUCCUGCCAUUAGCAGUCACUUCAUGAACGAUCUAUACUAUAUCCUGGUCUUUUAUGUUCUUGGUGUAAUAAUUGUUUUGUAUCCUGCCUUUGUCUGUUGUAAUAAUUGUUUCAUGUAUCAUGUCAUUGUGAGAAGUGAAAUUGUUUUAUGCAUUAUGUACCUAGUAAAGUAUAAAAAGCGGAGAUUGCUGCUCGGGGAGAAUUACUUACGAGACUCUGCACUCUGUGCUGGGCUAAAUACAAUGAUUCUCCACAGCUUGUACUUGCUUGGUAAUAAAGGAUUUGUGUUUUUUUAAA